UCCGAGGAUUGUUUUGAAAAUGUUUGUACAGUGAUAACAAAAAUUUCGGCUCGUUUUUGUACAAUUUUAAAUUCAAAUGGAAGUUACUUGUGGACUUUUGUCGAAUUUAGUACAAACAAAAUCAAUAGAACGAGUUUUAGCACCUAUUGCGUCACAGAUUUCAUUGUUGAUCAUACUUGACCAUUCAGAUGGCAUACAAACUGAUAUGGGACCAUGUGCUGAAGUGGUUAUGCAGGCAGCUGAACGUCUUGUGACACUAGGAAAAGAAAGAGCUAACAAGACUGCAGAUGAUGAGCUGAAAAGACAAAUGGAAAGUGCUUGUGAGAUAUUAGAUUUAUCAAGCAGUGAUUUAUAUAUAGCAUCACAGAGAGUUACAGCAUCAGCCAGUAAAGAAAAUAAGAGUAGAGUUAUAACUGCUUCAAAGAAUGUUCUUCAGGGAACAAUGAAAGUGUUAUUGGUGUCUGAUGAUUAUGAAGUUAGAAAGAUUCUGGCUGCAGCCCAUACUGUCACAGAAACUGUUGGACUUCUUAGUCAUGUUGAUAAUAUGACUGAUUUGUUAUCUAGAUUUAAGAGUUUCACAGAUACUACUUCAAUUCUAACAUCUUUAGCAAAUAAGAGACAAAAAGAUCUUUGUCAAGAUAGACAAAGGGAGAGAAUAAUUACUGCACUCAAUUUAUUGAAGAAAUCCAUUCCAUCAAUUAGUGUAGCUUUACAAAGUUGUAUAAAAUAUCCUAGCAAUGCUCAGGCUCAUGUGAGCAAGUCAUAUGUGAUAAACCAAGUUCUGUCUGCAGUAAGAGAUAUUGUUGAGGCCAUUGAAAACAAAUUUACUGAAGAAGAUUAUUUAGAUGUAGAGCAACCUGGCUACUUUGUUUCUAAAAUUGAUCAGAUAUUAGAAGCACUGUCUACAGAAAACCGAGAAGAUUUAGAUAUAGAUGUAGAGAGUUGGACAGAAGGAAUUAUCAGACAUAGUAUGUUGGUGGCACAUCUCUGUACAGACACAUAUAGAAAUCUUAUUAUCAUUAAUUGUCAAAGGAUUUUACAACUGAAAGGUCGUGUUUUAGCCUUGUCGCUUGCCAUCAAAGAGAAAACAGAUAUACAGAGAAUGAGAGAGGAUUAUGAUGAGUGUUGUGAAUCAUUGAUUGAUGAGUUUUGUGAAUUAGAGAAGAAUGUCAACAUGAGUUUACUUCACUUGAUCGUUGAUAUAUUCAAAGAAACAACAGAACCUAUAGAAAGAUUGAUAAAGGCAGCAAUGUAUCCUAAACAGGAUCAGUCUAUAGAAGAAAAUGACAUUUUGAUAACAGAGUUUGAAGAACAUGCAGAUAAAAUGUGUCAAGUUGCCAGCUUUGCAGCAGCUAGCUCAACUGAUGCCACACGUGUCAGAGUAAUAAGAACAUGUGUAUGUCAUCUGGAAAGAUUGGAUCCUGAUAUUGUACCAGCAGCUCUAUGUAUGGCCAGGGACCAGUUGGACAAGAUGGCUGUCCGUCAUGUCAAGCUUCUAAUGAAAGAAUGGUCUUUUGAGUUGAAUACGUUGAUGCAAAUCUUGGAUGAAAUGACAGAUCCUCAGAUAUUUAUGGCUGUUUCUGAGAAAAGAAUAGAAGAAGACAUAGGUGUAUGUAGAGGAUAUGUAAUGACCUGUGAUGUAGAAGGUAUUAAUAGUGCAAUUAAAUCUCUGGUGGGUAGAUCACGGCGAGUAUGUCAGGUUGGAGAGAGAAUUGUGGAUAGCCAUGAUGAUCCACUGUAUCGUAACGGAUUAUUAGUUUAUGUUAAAAGCCUCCAUAAAGCAAUAACUGGAAUAAGAGCAGGAUCAACCCAUGUAUACUCUGAUGUAACCAGUAAUUCUGCAGUAGAAUCAUUACUUAGAAGAUUAUCACAUUUGUUAGAAUGUGUAAGAAAAGUCAAAAAUGGUUUGAAUGCAGAGAAUCAGCCAAACAUACUUAGUCCAGAGAGGCGGAAUCUCAGAUUUGCAGAAGCUGAGAAAAGAAGGAAAACCUCAAGUUCUAGUCAUAUUAAAUUUUCAUCAACUGGUGCUUUGAAAUCUCUGCCACUCGACAACAGAUUCCUACAGGAGGAUAUCUGUAGUAAAGAUGACUUUCUCACACACUCAUCUGUCUCUACUCUACAAAAAAUAGUCCCAUUACAACGAAGUGCAUUACAGAAAAGUACUGAAUCAUUGCAAUCUGUCUCAUCUCAGGAAUCAUUUCAUCAAACAAACGUCAAUCCGCAGGAAUCAUAUCAGCAGAACAGAGAGAAGUCUCUCAAAUCGUAUCAACACACAUCAAGGUUAAAAUCUAGUCAAGAUCUGACCACUACCUCUCAUAUAAAAGAAAAGAUAACUGAUGCUGUAAAUAAGGGAGAUAAGCAUGUUAUAAAGUCUGUGAGUGGAGAUUUGUUAGGAUGGAGUAAUCACAUAGUAGAUAGUGCUGAAUGUCUUUUGGUACACUCUGAUACUGCCAAACGAAGAAGUAUACAUUCCCUGUGUAGUGAAGUAGAUGAAUUAGUUGCAGACCUGACAGAGAAAUUAAAAUAUAUAGCAAUGGGUGAUCAAGAUGAUAUUUCUGAUAUUUGUUCUUUAAGUCAACUAUGGGAAGUCAAGAUUGAGAAGAUAAGAGUAUUUAUAGAUGUUACAGUGGACCAGUGGAAAGACGUUUCUGACCCUGUUUAUCAGUCAACCAUGUCUUCUGAUCAGCGGCUAAUGAAACAACAGAUUGAUUCAUUAAAACAUCACACCACAAGUAUAUCAGAACUAAUGAAUCUAACAGAAUGUAUCGAUGAUAAAGAUAUCAGGGAAGAAAGGUGUCAUCGUCUACAAGAGAAUAGUAACGAGUUAGAUAACAUAACAGUUACCAUAGUAACAACAUCAGGUGUAAUAAAUAAAUCAUCUACUCAUCAAGAUAAAUGUCAACUGGAACAACUUUGCAGAGAAUGGGCAGUGAGAAUAUAUUGUGUUCUUGAUGACCUUGAAGAAUUGACCUCUAACCUUUACACUAAAGGUUGUGAAAGAAAUGUGUGGCCAAAUGACAGCAUUCCGUUAAAAGACUCACAACUUUUUGAACAUAUACAACAUCAGAAUAGCCAGAUAAGAAAUCUCUUACACAGUGCAUGUCUUGGAAAUGACAAUGUAUCUGAGUUAGCAACAUCUCUAUGUUUAGAUCUAGAUGGAUUGUAUGACAGUAUAAAAUCCACUUCAUCCAAAAAGAAAAGAGAAGGGAAUAAAAUAACAGUGACAUACAUAUGUUGUAGACUUGGUCUACUUUCUUCACAAUGGAUUGUUAAGAGUAUAAAAUGUAUGGAUAUAUUACAAGAGCAAACAUUAAUAUAUACUGCUUUAUUAAAUAAACUGUCAGAUAGUGCUAUGGAAGUCAGAACAGCUAAAACAGACGCAGAAAAACAAAUGUGCAUGUCAGAGUUUCAGUUGUCUCUAAGUAAAUUCAGUGAAAGUUUGAUGAGUUUAAGACAGAAAACUUUACAAGGUAUCCAGCUGUCUACAGAACUUGACAAGCGAUCAGCUGUUAGAAAGUGUUUAGAUGAAGUGACUGGAAUCUCUCCUCAGCUUAUUGAUAUUGUCAAAAAAUUAACUGAAGAUGGUGAUUUAUCAACUACAAUGGAGGAAUUCACUAAGCAAAAGUUUUCAUGGGCAGCUAAAGUUCGUCAGCUUCUUGUGUGUAUACAACAGAUGAAAGAUUUAAAGCCUGGAUUAGUUCAAAAUUUGAAUAAAGUUUUAGGUGUGAAAACAUCUGAAGAUAUAACACUUGCUGAGACAAUGGACCCAUCAGUCCAACCAGUGGAGGAGAAUGACAACAGACAAGAAGGAUUUAAAACAGUACAUGAAGAACUUCUCUGUGUUACAAGUGAAAAACAGAAUAUGGCAGUUGGUCAAUUUUCUAAAGUAGGAAGGAAAAAGAAGGCAUCUGAUUCUCCAUAUAAACCUAAUGCUUCUGUUCUAGCAGCAUCUAAAUACCUACAGUCCGAGGCAGAGAAAUGGGAAGAUGAUUGCAAUCCUAUUGUCAAGGUAGCCAAGGAGAUGUCCUCACAGCUUAAUAAGAUGACAGGCUAUAUCAAAGGUGAAGGUCAGAUUCAAACACAUGAAGAACUAGUAAAAACAGCAAGAUCUGUAGCAGAGAAUGGCAGAAAGAUGAUGAAGUUUGCAGAAAUCCUCUCACAGCACUGUGUUGACAAAAGGUUUGCUAGGGAUUUGAUUUUUUAUGCCAACCAAAUACCAACAGUCAGUACACAGCUGAGUAUCAUAGCCAAUGUCCAUCAAGGUUCAUCAGGAGAUGGUGAUAUUCCAUCAGAUGAGGAAGUGAUUAUUGUGUACAAGCAAAAGGUGACUAAAAUUUUGACAGAGAAUGCAGAAAAUUUGAUGAAGAUAGUUUUGCAGACCAUGAAAGCAGCAGAGGCUGUAUGUGUAAAAGGUUUAAAGGCUCCUGAGGAUUCAAGUAACAGUGAUGCCACCAGUGCCAUUGUCCUAGCCACUCAGUGGCAGAGACGACUUAUUCGACAGAGACAGAGAGAAAUUGUUGAUGCUGACAGAGACGGUCUUGGCUUACGCCGAAUUGAAGAGCACAGGCCACCAAAAUUAACACAAAUAUUUAAAACCGAUUCUGUGUGAUUAUACAGUCUUAUUUAAUGCUGAUAUUUUAGAUUUGAUUCUAUCCUUGCUGAUUGGCUGCUACAUGUAUUUGUAUUAACCUGAAAAUGACCUGUCUUUAAAAAUAAGUUUUUUAAACUGCAACAAAAGUUUCCUUUACCUUUAAAAUAAACAAAAACUUUGUUGCUAAAUAAUUUUUCUGCUUCAGUUUCUAGAAAUAAAUUUUUAAGAGAGUUUGUCCUGGUAAAUGAUGUUAAACUUUCCAGACAUUCAGAAUAAAUGAACUUUUUAUUCUUUAUAUGACUUUUUAACAGUGUUAAAAAUUACAGACUUCAUGUAAAAAAGACAGUAAUACAUGCUUUUUAUAAAUAAUAAUGUGCAUUUGGUGUGGCCAUAAUGAAUAAUGGUUGAGGAUUUCAGCAAAAAGAUGAUUUUUAAAGAGAUAGACCUUGAAAAAUCAGGAUCAUUACAAUUCUGUUACCUUUAAAAAUUCUGCAACUUUUGUGCAGACUUUAUUCUGAAUAUUAUGUGAGCUACUUUACAGAAACAUGAAAACUGAAGGAUAUGUAAUAAUUAAUACAUUUAGAAAAUUGCAGCCCAUUUUUUUCCGAUUAGUCAUACUUUUAUUACGUGCCAUAUCUAUAAGGCAUUCAUAUAAUGCUUUUGUAAAGACAAUGGAACUUGAUUCCUUUUGGAUUAUCUCCCAUAUAUCAGAAAAAUCUAAACUGAAAAAUAACUCUUUAUGCAUACAUUUAUACAGCAGCUAGAAUAUUUCUUGCUGUCUUUAUCUACCAAAUAUAGUAACAAAGGGAUAUUUCAUGCAAUGUUGAUUUGUAUCACUUUUCUGUAUAAUUUUGACUUGUCAUUUAUUUAUAAGGAUGGGUAGCUUUAACACUAAUUGCUGAUAAUUAGGCAUUUCCCAAAGUCAUAUUUAUCAUCUGUUUUAACGUUAUUUUAUGUAAAAAUGCAUUCUGCUGGCUUAUUUUUUGCAUUUAGUAGAUCUGCUUUGAUGUUAUAUGGGCUUCAAUCAUUGAUAGUUGAUGGUAGUACAAUAUACAUGAUAUACAUUAGUUUAUUUAAUUCAUAUUGUUAUUUUUACAAGAACAUUUUACCAUAUUGGUUGUAAUAUAAAUGAGUAUUUACUCAAAAUAUUUCCCAAUUGUUUUAUUUAUUUUAUUGUAGUCAGCCUUUGUUGUGAACAUUUUUACACAUGUACAAAGAGUUUACAAUAUUGUAUAAUGCAUUUUAUGAUUUUAUGUAACAUUCAAAUAAUUGUGCAAUAUGCCGUGUAUCUAAAGAGGCAGAGGACAUUUUAGCAAAAAAUUCAUAACUGCUAGUGAACAUUUUGAGUGCCAACAUUACAGCUAGUUUUAGCUCCAAAUUAAUACAUUCAUUUAUAUUUUCAAUAGCCCAUUUUAGAGAAAAUUUAACAACAAUUCCUAAAUUGGUGGGGUUUACCAUGAAAUUAAAAUGUGGUUGAAGCAAAUCAAAGAAAGGAUAGUGCAAUAUGUGAUGGAUCGACAAAACAUCAAAAGACCAAGAAAUCCAACAUGAUAAAAAGAGAAGGACCAGUUCUUACUUUAAUUAUAUGGUCAAUAUUUCAGAAAGAACAUAUUUAGAUCCUAUUAUGUGCAAUCACUGGAAUACAAACAUUAGAACAUUUUUUGUCUCGGCUGCGAUGAACAGGGAUUACUAUCCGGCGCUGGCAGCAGUGUAAAUUAUUUGUAUAAAGCUUUAAAUUCCAGAAGGUAGAAGAACUGGAUGCUUUAUACUUUGUAUGCAGAUACCUUAUGUUACAAAGUUUCCGUCUGUCAUAUGUCCAUUGUCCUUUACCUCAUUUUCAUGGUUCAGCAACUGCUUGAAAACAAAUUAAGACUUUUUUGUCAUGUAAAUUUCUCACUUAUAAUGAGUGAGAGGAUAACUAUAUUUGGUAUAUGGGUUCCUUGCAACGUCUUCAUGUCCGUUAGACAGGGUUCACCUGACCUCGACCUCAUUUCAUGGAUCACUGAUCAAGGUUAAAGUCAUGUGAUAAGGUCCGUUUCUCAGAUACUAUAAGAAGUAGGUCAUCUAAAUGUGAUUUAGGAAAUCAUUGUAAGGGGUACAUGUCUGACUGGUAGGUUUCAUCUGACCUUGACGUCAUUUUCAUGGUUCAUUGGUCAAGUUUUUGUGUUUUGGUCUGAUUUUCAAGUACUAUAAGCAAUAGGUCAACUAUAUUUGGUGUAUGAAAUGAUUGUAAAGUGUACAUGUCCGUUUGACAGGAAUUAUCUGACCAUAACCUCAUUGUCAUAGAUCUUUAAAAAUGUUAAGUUUAUUUGAUUCUUGUAGUAAAACGUUUAUCUUUAGGACUUUCAACAUAAGAUCAAUGGUCAGUAAAGCAGGCAAGACACUUUUCAGCGUGUGCACUCUGUAUUAUUUAUUGAGAUAAGAAAUAGAUGACUUAGAAGACAUCAUUAAUUUUAUUAUAUAAAGUAUUUAGACUACUUAAGUAGUGUUUAUUGAAUAAGACAUUUUAAUGUUGUGCUGUUUUGAAAUUAAUAACUUGUCAUUCUACUAUCAGAUAUUGUAAAUCAAGAAAAACAUGGAAUGGUUUUCUUUCACUAAAAUGGACUUUGACAGGUUUAGAUUUUACUGAAAUGAUUAAAAAUCUUGCACUAAAAAGGGUUUUACUUUGUGCUAGGUGGUUUUUUGGCUCAAUUCUCCUACCAAUUGACUAAAAUGUCCUUUGACGAUUGAUCUAAACUUUAAUGUUUGAUCUAUAGGUUGUCACAUAGUUUGAAAGUGAAAAUUAAUCUUAUAUUCUUCAUACUAAUAAAAAUAGAUUUGAUGGAUAUGUCAAUGAGAAAUCCACCAAACAAAACAAAAAACCAAAAAUGAUAUUUAUUUGAGAGUAUUGUAAAGUUUUAGUGAAAACUACAUCAAAUAUUAAAAAAGAGCAAAGAAUUAUUUUUUAUAUGCAUUUUUACUUAUAAUUUUGUGGUAUUUAUGAUUUUAAUGAACAGUUGUGUUUUUCUUUAAAAAAAAAAGUUUAUACAAAA